AUGGAUAAAUCUAAAUCACCUACCAAAGGUAAACAACUACAAAAUGGAAAACAAUCAAUAGUUAGUCAAUCACUACCCAAUUUCUCCACAACCAUACAGAAUAAUAAUAAUAAUAACAACAAUAAUAAUAAUAAUAAUACAGCAUCUUCUUCAUCUACAUUAUCACCGGCCAAGUGGAAGAGUUUCUUUUUCAAACAAAACAGCAGUCCACAUAAACAACAGAACAUACAAAUCAGUCAGCCAUUCGAUGUCAAUCAUGUUACACAUGGACUACCUUCAAAUUGGACAGCAACUCUUAAAAGAUCAGCAAAUAAAUUAAUUAGAAGAAGAAAAGAUAGUACAUCACAAAGAAAUUUAACAAAACCAAUUAAAAAUAAUAAUAGUAUUAAUAGUGUUCAACAACAACAACAACAACACGAAGCACCAACAUCAAGAUUACCAAAUCCAACAAUUGAUUCACCAAGUAGAAAAGGAAUGAAAUCGAAUCCACUCAAUCCAAACAAAUCAAUUCCAUCGCCAGUACCAAUUUCAAAACAAUACGCUAGAAACAGUACACCUUCAUUGGCACAGUCAUCUAAUGUCACUAUCGAUAUUCCAAGUGGUAGCAGUAUGACCAGUUCAAGCAGUAACACAAGCAUCAGCAGUCUAUCGACGGAUUCAUCGACAACCACAUCGAUAACCUCACCCAAGUCCACUGUCUCACAAUCGAAAUCGACAUCUUUCAACGGCACCGGCUCGACAUCCAUGGUAAUUGGCAAUCCAAUGCAAGCAAAGCGUGAGAUCCACAUCACAUGGAAUCAUGUCACUGGUCAAUUCGAAGGUGUUCCAGACGAUUGGUCUGACCUGGUACAGAGAGUCACCACUGAGAAACAAGAGAAGCAUCGUCUCGACCAGAGAAAACGUCUGCUGAAGGAGGAACUCUCAAAGUGCGAGCGUGAAGAACGACAUCGUCGAUCGACAAGAGACAAACGUGAAAGAGCGAGAAUCAAUAGGGAGGAAAGAAGUUUGAGUGUCAGCAACAGUAACAAUAGCAACAGACAUCGUGGCGAUACUACAACCACUCCACCAAUGUCACCGCGAACCAACAAUCAACCAACACUCUUCCAAAUUAGUGGAGUGGAAAUGUUUAAAUCGAAACGUGUCGAACUCUCGCUGCAAUCGCUGUGUAAACAAGAUGUUUUUGUUUUGAACAAUGGAUCGAAAAUCUAUGUUUGGAUGGGAUCGCUCUCGUCGCUACAGAAGCAAGUUCGUGGUCUGGCAAUCGCCUCCAAAAUCAAGUAUGAAAGUGUUGUCAUUCUCGAGCCAAUCACCAUCGAUAUAAUAGUGGAUAGCGAUCGUCGUGAUAGUACGCAAUUGUGUAACUUUUUCAAGUUGUUGAACAACUGUGAGAUCUCAGCAGACGGACAACCGGUGCUGUUUGACGUUUCGCGUGAAGGUGGCGACACCGACGCCGAGCUGGUGGCAUUCGAAGAGUCUACCACCUGGCUCUAUCGUGUGAGUGACAACGGUAAGAUUGUCUCCAUAGACGAACGACCACUGGUUCCCACCGCUCUCAACAGCAACACUUGUUUCAUCAUGGAUUGUGAAACCGACAUUUUUGUUUGGUGCGGAAGAAACUCGCAUCCGCUGCAGCAACGCGUUGCAACCAUCUUUGCCAAUGAGUUUAUUCAGAUAUUUUCGGAUCGUCCUCGUUGGGCGUCGCUACACAACGUUCACCAAGACGAAGAACCCUGGUAUUUCAAAGAGCGUUUUCUCUAUUGGCUGGAGGAGGAGUCGGUCAUCGACAGCUCGCGACGAUAUACCAUUCGCGCCAAAGACACUCCACUCCCCAUUCCACCGGUUCCACUCGAUUCGCCAACUUUGAUUCCCGAGCUGCUGAUCGAUCCCCACUACCCUGAGCCAAGACGCGGUGUCACGCUGAGCAUCGACCUCUGGCAGAGCGAUGUCAGCACAUGGACAAAAGUAAGUCAGGAGCACUACGGUCACUUUUCGAUAUCACGCGCCUACGUCUGCCACCAUAUCUACAAACUCGACGAUCGUAUCAAUUCGCGUGUCUACUUCUGGCAAGGAUCGGAUUCUCACAUUAGAUGGUGGGUCGUUUUCCAAUUUGGAUUGUACAAAGAAUUGCAAGCUCAUAUGCGUCAACUCGCACCCAAUCUUCCACCUCCCAACACCGAGUGUCUAACGCAACACAAAGAAACACCACCCUUUAUGAAUCUAUUUGGAAACUAUAUCAUGGUGCAUCGUGAUACCACUCCACAGGUGUUACUCUACCAUCUUACACUCUCCAGUUGUGAGAGAUUCGUUCGUUGCACACAAUUCUCGAAUUUCAAUCUCUCCAAUCUAAACAGUCGACAGGUGUUCAUUCUCUACAACCAGACAUUGAAAUCUUCGUUCAUCUGGUAUGGAAAUGCAUGUUCCACUCACUUGCGAUCGGAGGCAGUCGACGUUGCCAACUCACUCCACUGCUAUCUUCAACAGAAGAACGAUCCAACCGUAUUCAACCUUGUAGUGGAAUGCGAAGAAAACAGCGAACCAAUUUCAUUCUGGAAACAAUUUGCAGGUGUAGAUAAGCGUUUGGAGCAAUUCACUUUGAACUCAUCUUCUAUCGAUCUCACUGUUUUCCUCAAACAAAACACAGCUGUUAGAACUUAUCCAAAGAACAAUACUUCUUAUGGUAAUCUCAGUAAUUCAACCAACAUUAACAAUAGCAACAACAACAUCAACAACAAAAGUAAACAAGUUUAUGACACUAGAUUGUAUCAUAUUUACUAUCACUCUAAAGCACGUAAAUAUGUUGUAACUCGUGUCAAACCAUUUUGUCAGAGUGAUCUGGUUGCUGAGGAUGCAUUCAUUUUGGACACAAGACACAAACUUCAUAUUUGGAUAGGUCCACAGUGUUCGAGAAAAAAGAGAGAAACAGCAGAGGGAUUUGCAAAGCUCUAUCGUGAUCAGUCGAAUCUUGGACACUCUACGGUGACACCUAUCGAUAUUGAAUCGUUCCGUUCAGAGUCUUAUGAGUUCCGUUCAUAUUUCGAUGCUUGGAACAGCGAGUUCCAACCACAGAGUCUGAGGAACACCUCCUCGCAAGCACUCAUCGGUAUCGGUGCAGACUAUCGUCUACUCAACUCAAUCGCCAGCAAUCAAAUUCAAAACGAUGUAUUUGAACUACAGGCAGACGACAGCGACGAUGAAACCAACUUCUCAUUGACACCGUCCACCCUCACACCACACUCCAGCCCACCACUGCCAAGAAUGAUGGAGAAGUGGGAAAUGGAAUUGGAAAGCGAAGUCGAGAGAUUAAAGAAGAGGGGAGGAUACAGUCCGUUGAUGCCAGCACGUUUGGGUGGUGUUCCGCGUCUGAAUGGAAUGCCAAUCAUGAAGUUGAACGAUCCGAAUUUGAAGCGUUCUCGUGACGACAGCAUCGGAAGCACUGGUUCAAGCGGUAGUUUCACUACUGGCAGUCCAGAGAAAAUGGAUAUUGCCCUGAAUAAACAACUGAACUCGACAACAGACCCAAAGAGAAACAGAUCCGAUAGUAAUGAGCUUAUUGCCCAGGCAUCGAAGGCCAGAUUAAGAAAGCGUGGAUCCAGUUUGUUAAGUCGUUCGCCAACCAGUCAGAAUCGUUUGUCCACUACAUUACCAACACCACUCAACCAAGGAGGUACUAUCGACUCCAAAUCAAUCCAAGAUCUAAAGGAGUGGACUGUUGAAUUGGAGAUCGACAUGGAGGUUUCCAAACUUGAGGAAGAGUUAUCGAAAUUAAAUAAGAUUUCAGAGGAAUCCAAAGCAAACAGAUCACCUUUAAAGUCGAAAACAUCAAUCCCCACAACAUCAACAACGACAACAAUAUCAACAUCACCAUCGACUUCGUCCACUAGUUUAGCAACUUCUUCAGCAUCUGAACCAACACCAUUGCCAACCACAGUGUCUAAGCAACCAACCUCUACAGUCAAACCACCUUUCUCACCAAGAAAACACUCACCAUUGGUAUCUGCACUUCCACCACCACCACCUGCACCAUCUUCCUCUGCUUCUGAACCUGCAUCAGCUGCAUCAUUAUCACUGAUCUCCUCAGCACAAAGCACACCAAGAGCAAACGGUACAUCCGAAACAAUACAUCAAACAGUUGCUCCAAUGGCCGUCAUCAUCUUAGAUUCAUCGACACCCACUUCCUCAAACUCCACACCAUCAAACACCUCACCAAUAACCGUACCAUUAAAGUCAUCUGUUGUAAUUCCACCACUCUUAUCUUCGUCAAGCGAGAAGACACCACUAUCAAUCGUACCACUAUCCGAUUCUGAAAAGGUAGCUAUCAUCUCACCGAUUGUAUCACCAAAAGCCAACAGACCUGCAGUACCGCCUCGUAACUUUUUGAAUUCAUCCAGUGGUGGUACUUCAACUACGGCUCCUCCCACUUUCAGUGGAACUGGAUCGAUAUCGAAGGGCACUCCAAAACCAUUACCAUACAUUCCACCAAGACCAACAUCACCACCUACACCAGCAUCACCAGUUACCUCACCGGUUGCCUCACCCCGUGAGAACACCGUCAAUAACAUACCAACAACACCAAUCAACAAAUUCCAAACAUCUUCAUCGAUAACCGCAUCUGUACUUCCAUCACCACCAACCAAAAUUCCAACGAUCGCACAACAACAGCAACAACAACAUGAAUUGCCAAAGACCAGAUUUAAAUUCAUUGUUAAACCACUUACCAAAUCAAAAUCAUCGAAUCCACCUAAAUCAAAUGUAUCUACUACAAGCACUGCAACACCAACAACAACAUCAUCAACAACACCCACUGUAAAUAAUCAAUCCAUAAGUAAAUCAUCGAAUACAAUUCCAUUCUCAACAUCAUCACCUUUAAGCUUAACAUCAAUUCCAACAGCUUCAAACGGAAAUGUCAAUAAUCUAAACUCCAAUACAAUUCCAGCCAAGACAACACCAACACAAUACUCAACAUUGCCACCAAAGCGUGCUCCACCACAACCAUUGGUUCAACAAAAUAUUUCACCGGAUAAACAAAAUAUAUCUGAUAGUCCUUCGUCAUCAAUGUCACCUCCGACCACUUCCGCCACACCAAAACCAUUACCAUACCCACCCAACAGUGGAUCGGUACGAGAGAGAAUCCAUCAACACGAAUCAUUCUCGAAAUCCACUGCCAUCCAUGCAAGUCUCCCAGUGAUUAAACAACCAUCUUCAACCUCAUUAAAGUACACAUCACUUCAAUCGAUAUUCAUACCCCCAACCGUACCAAACAAACCACUACCACCACCACCUCCACCAAGAAACUACACUACCUCUGCAACAUCAAAUCCUCAACAACUCAACAGAACACACCAAUAA